AUGUUCUGGAUAUUUGAUCCACUUCAAGAGUUACAAGAGAAGAUUCCACGGGUACUCUUUUAUUGCACGUCUAUUAAUAAUUCCUCUAAAAUCUAUACCUUUUUAGUUGCAGAAGUACCAUCCAGUGUCCAGUAUAUUGAAUUGUUCCACUCGGAGACAGAAGAGAUGAAGAAGAAGUACAUCGUUAAGGAACUGAAAAACUGUGACAGUCCUCUACGAGUUGUAAUUUCAACUAGUGCGUUAGGAAUGGGAAUGGAUGCCAAAGCGUUCCAUAAUGUCAUUUUGUUUGGGGCACAGACAAACUGCUCAGACUUCAUCCAGGAAAUAGGAAGAGACAACAUGCCCUCUGUUGCCUUGAUCUUGUAUAAUGGAUAUCAUGAAAGAGUAGCAGACAUUGACAUUAAGAAGAUCAUGUUGACAAAGGAAUAUGUAAUUCCCCACUUAUAA